ACCUCAAUUCAGUUUAGCGUCUCACUGACUGCUCCCUCUCCCCUUUUCUCUCUCCUCCCAUUAUCUCUUCCCCCGGUGAUUUUUCCUCCUUUGAAGCCUUUUGACCGUUGUAGCCUCCCUCCCUCCCCUCUCUGCAACCCGCAGUCCCGCACUCCCUCUCUCUCUCUCUCCAGACUGCACAAAGCCUUCUUCUUCUACCACUCCUUGUUCUUGUUCACACACACAGCCUCCCAGAAAGAGAGAAGGUGGCCUCAGGGUUCGUUCAGGUCAUCUUCCUGUUCGUCGGCUUCAGCAGCAAUGCACUUGCUGCCAACAAGCGAACCUUCUACAGUUUUAGAAGUUACAAGCUCAGAAGUUAUGAUCCAAGCAUGACGGAUGCUUGAACAUUACAAUACAAGGCUAAGGAGAGAUGGGAUGUGCUGCUUCCAGGCUAGAAGAUGAGGAGGCUGUCAAGAUGUGCCGUGACAGAAUGGACUUCAUCAAGCAGGCACUGGAGCAGCGCAACCGCUUUGCAUCGUCUCACAUUGCCUAUAUUGAGUCCUUGAAGCAUGUUUCGAUGGCUCUCCAGCGGUUUGUCGCUGGAGAUGAUCACCAUGAGCUCAUCUUCGACCCAUUCAUCUCUCCUGUCAAGCAACAGAAGCCAGAGACGCUUGGCCUUCCUUAUGGUUCAUAUGAGAAGCGGACUGUUCAUGUUGCAAGGUACUUGAGGUCAGGACCAAACCCAUCAGUUUCAGUUGAGGAGCGCCCACGUCUGGUGGAAACAGUCCGCGUCGAAUCACAUUACCCCAUGGACAGCGACAGCGGCAUGGAUAGGUUCUUGCCAAUGCAUUCCUCACCGAUGAGAUCGUCUUCUUACUAUCCACCACCUUAUAACAGGCCAAGCUACCCACCUCAAUCAGCCCAGGAACCAGUGAGGAAUUCUUCCUGUUACAUGCCUUAUGACAGGCCAAGCUAUGCACCUCCAUCACUCCAGGAGCCAAUGAGGACUUCUUAUUACGCGUCUCAUGACAGGCCAAGCUAUGCACCUCCAUCACCCCAGGAGCCAAUGAGGACUUCUUAUUACGCGUCUCAUGACAGGCCAAGCUACCAACCUCCAUCACCCCAGGAGCCAACAAGGACUUCUUAUUAUGGGUCUUAUGACAGGCCAAGCUACCCACCUCCGUCACUCCAGGAUCAGGACCAGGAACCAUCAUCGUGGGACUUCUUCUGGAACCCAUUCUCGUCGCUGGAAAGCUUUGCACCCCGUCCUCGGAGUAGCUAUGACAAUGGUGUCACUGAUGAUGAAUUGGCACGGUUACAGCGGGUAAGAGAGGAGGAAGGAAUCCCAGAACUUGAAGAGGAAGACGAUGAGUGCCAAGAACAUGUACAAAUGCACAACAGAGAGAAAAAUGAAGAACAUGAUGAUGAGGACGAUGAUGAAGAUGAGGACGAGGAUGAAGAUGAAGACGAAGACGAUGAAUGUGGGCAUUCAGAUGAGAGAUGUAUGGCUUCUAAUGAGGGUGCCUGCCCAGUGAAUUUUGAGGUCAAUGCCAAGCAAGAAACAAAGGGAUUUGGAUCCAAAGGUGUUCAGUGCACUGAAGCACCAGAACCUCGCAAGAUAGUAGAACUUGAAAUCAAGGCACAUAAGAAAGAACUGAUGAGGAACAAAGUAGCAAAUGCAGAAGAAACUCCUGGUUUCACAGUAUAUCUGAACAGAAGGCCUGCGAGUCUAGUCGAGGCCAUGAAGGAUAUCGACAGUCAGUUCUUGGGGAUAUGCGAUGCUGCUCGGGAAGUCUCAUUGAUGUUGGAGGCAUGUAGAGCUCAAUACUCAACCUCAAACGACCUUUCCGUAAAGAUGCUAAACCCAGUUGCACUUUUACGCUCCGCAUCGUCCCGGUCAUCAUCGUCCCGGUUCCUUCUUGCUCCCUCUAGCUCAAUAGAGGAUCUAUAUGACAAUGAGACAAGCAGCUGCUACUCUGAAGAAUCUUGUAGUACAAUGUCUGGAAGUCAUCACUCUACCUUAGAUAGACUGUAUACAUGGGAGAAGAAAUUAUACAAGGAAGUAAAGGCGGGUGAACGGUUAAGAAUCGAGUAUGAGAAGAGGUUGACGCAUUUGAGGAACCAGGAUGUGAAAGGCGAGGAACCUUCAUCUGUCGAUAAGACUCGAGCAGCAUUGAGAAGCCUGCAUACUCGGUUGAAGGUGUCAGUACACACAGUUCAGUCGAUAUCAAGGAGGAUUGAAAUUCUAAGGGAUGAGGAGCUGCACCCUCAGCUUAUGGAGUUGAUCCAAGGGCUUUCUCGAAUGUGGCGCGCCAUGGCUGAACGUCACAAGGCUCAGAAGCGCACCAUCGAGGACGCCAAGCUUCUCUUCCACCAACACCACCCCUCGGCUGCCACCGCCAUCUCCCUUGGCCCUCCGGAGGCAGCAACGCCCCCUCCGGCCGCCGUCGCACUCGAGUGCGAGAUCCGGGCCUGGCGAGGAGCCCUGGAGACCUGGCUGUCAGCGCAGCACGCCUACGCGCGCGCACUGGCCGCGUGGGCGCGCAGAUGCCUCGGCAUUGGGGGCGGGGCGCGCGCCGCCCAUGCCGCCGCGCUGCCGCCGGCGUUCCUGGUGUGCAUGGAGUGGGCGCGCGCGGUUGACGCGGCGUCCGAGGCGCGCGUGAUGGACGGGCUGGACUUCUUCGUGGCCGGCGUCGGGUCGGUGUGCUCAGGCGCGGCCACCGGCAUGGAGGGCAUGGAGGGGCGCGUGCUCUGCGCCGGCAUGGCCGCGGUCACCGGCGCCAUGGCCGAGUUCGCCGCGGCAUCGGCGGACAGCUACGACGCGGGCGUCGCAGCCGUGGUCGCCGCCGCGCGCGCGCCGGAGCGCGGGAAAGAGGAGAACCUGUGACAACACCACAGCACUAGCAACUCCU